UAUCGAUUGGCUGCUACUGGUGGGUUUUAUCGGUUGUUUUUUGUUCUCAUUCUCAACACCUAGCAGCAAAGUUGCGUGGGAAAGGAAGGAAACGGAUGUCCAUGGAGAACACCGCUGAGUGCCGCCUAAGGACAAUCUCCGGCCAUCUUCAAGCCAGCGCCGGCGGCGAUACGCAAUCCCAGUUGAGUGCUAGUUCUACUUCUGGAGAGUAUGUCCACGGACAGAGUUAUAGUGUUGUCCUUCCUGAGAAGUUGCAGACUGGGAAGUGGAACGUAUACAGAUCUGCUCGUUCACCAUUGAAACUGGUUGCUAGAUAUCCAGAGCACCCGGAUAUUGGAACUUUACACGAUAGUUUUGUGCAUGCUGUCAACACAUUUUGUGACCACAAGUAUUUAGGGACAAGAAUACGUGCCGAUGGAACAGUUGGGGAGUACAAAUGGAUGACUUACGGGGAAGCAGGUGCAUCAAGAUCAGCAAUAGGCUCUGGCCUAAUAUAUCAUGGGGUUCCUAAACAUGCAUGCAUUGGAUUAUAUUUGAUAAACAGACCAGAGUGGAUCAUUGUAGACCAUGCGUGCUCAGCUUACUCUUAUAUAUCAGUGCCAUUAUAUGAUACUCUCGGACCAGAUGCUGUGAGUUAUAUCGUGAAUCAUUCUGACAUACAAGUUAUUUUUUGUCUCCCACAAACACUGAGUAAUUUAUUAAGCUCUUUACACAGGAUUCCUUCAUUACAUUUGAUAGUGGUAAUUGGGUCAUCAGACGACAAGAUUCUUUUAGCUACUUCAACAAACAAGCCGAAGAUUAUUACUUACGCUAAACUUCUUGAGCAGGGUCAUAGUAACCUGAAACCAUUUUGUCCUCCAAAACCUGAAGAUUUAGCAACUAUCUGCUACACAAGUGGGACAACUGGCGUGCCGAAGGGUGUAAUGCUCUCUCAUGAAAAUUUGAUUGCAAAUGCUGCUGGAUCUAGUCUUGGUGUGAAAUUUUAUCCCACUGACGUAUAUAUUUCCUAUCUUCCAUUGGCACACAUAUAUGAGAGGGCGUAUCAAAUUGCGUUGGCAUAUUUCGGAGUUGCUGUUGGAUUUUAUCAAGGGGAUAAUCUGAAGUUGAUGGAUGACAUGGCAGUUCUCCAGCCUACAGUGUUCGCCAGUGUUCCUCGUCUAUAUAAUAGAAUUUAUGCAGGUGUUAUGAAUGCUGUCAAGGCAUCGGGGGGACUAAGGGAGAGAUUAUUCAAUAUUGCUUACAACACAAAGAUACAAGCCAUAUCAAAUGGGAAAAAACCAUCUCCAAUCUGGGAUAGAUUGGUAUUCAACAAAAUUAAGGACAAACUUGGAGGCCAGAUUCGAUUAAUGUGUUCAGGGGCCUCACCAUUAUCUCCAGAUGUUUUGGAAUUUCUUAAAAUAUGCUUUGGGGGCCGUAUCAUCGAAGGCUAUGGGAUGACAGAGACAUCUUGUGUAAUAAGUAAUAUGGAUGAGGAUGACACCUUAGUUGGUCAUGUUGGUUCGCCAAACCCGGCUUGUGAAAUAAAGCUAAUUGAUGUUCCUGAAAUGAACUACACCUCUGAAGAUCAUCCUUGUCCUCGUGGUGAAAUCUGUGUUAGGGGGCCUAUAAUAUUUCGAGGCUACUACAAAGAUGAUGUCCAGACGAAGGAGGUCGUUGAUGAUGACGGAUGGUUGCAUACUGGAGAUAUUGGCUUGUGGUUACCUGGAGGACGUCUAAAAAUCAUUGAUAGGAAAAAGAACAUUUUUAAGUUGGCCCAAGGGGAGUACAUAGCUCCUGAGAAGAUUGAAAAUGUAUAUGCCAAGUGCAAGCUUACUGCUCAGUGCUUUGUGUAUGGUGACAGUUUUAAAUCUUGCCUGGUUGCAGUAGUUGCAGUUGAACCUGAGAUGUUGAGGAAUUGGGCCGCAGUGGAACGAAUUCAGUAUGACAAUCUUGAACAACUGUGUUCUGAUCCAAGAGCAAGAGCCGCUGUACUUGCUGAGAUGGACGAAGUAGGAAAGCAAGCUCAGCUGAGAGGUUUUGAAUUUGCAAAAGCGGUCACACUUGUACUGGAGCCUUUCACCAUGGAGAAUGGCCUUCUCACCCCAACAUUCAAGAUCAAGAGACCGCAAGCGAAGGCUUAUUUUGCAACAGCAAUUGCAAAUAUGUAUGACGAAAUCUCCAAAUCUUCUCCUCCACAAAAAUCAUUAUUAUGACCCCUACAGCAGCAAUCAGUAAUUCUGUUGUGGUUGGACCUGAUGAUAAAAUCUUCAAAUAAUGAAACCAUUUUUUCCAUUUUAAGAGAAGCUCGCGGCACUUUCAACUAUACUAUCAAUUAGUAGAUACACACUUUAUCUAUCAAAUUGUAUCAAUAAAAUAAACUUUUUAUGAUGA